AAACCCUGCACAAUGUUGAUUGAUAAUCCAAUCCCACCCGCCGUUGCGGUUACAACAUGCUCAGUUGCAGUAUGGGAUCCACAAACCUCCCAAAGGGAACGUCAUUCCUUCCGUUUGGGUGUCCAGCGAUUGCCUGCUUGGAUCCUCUCCAUUGCAAUGGAAUUGAACCUGUCUUCCUGAACAACCGUGCCGAGGCUACUAGAUAGGACAGCACACUAGGGUGCCAGCCAACGAACCCGUGAUCUGUUAUUUGAUCCAAUCGAUUGUCAAAUCCCGACCCUCAAAACGCAAAAAAACCGCCGAGGUCCGGAACGACGCGCGGGUAGCGUUGCACUUUUGACGUGCCUUAUUGUUUCCCAUCUGUGCGCGUUCGGCUUCAGACGUGACGCAUUAUUCCUUUAAUUGAGACCAGACGGACGCCCGCACGCACGCACGUGUCCGCUAAAAAGACGAAACGAAAGAAAAGCAUCAGGUUUUAAGAUUAAAGACGAAGAAAAAAAAAAAAAAAAGCCACAUCAGGCGCAAAAGGGAUGGCGGCAGCUCCCGCUCCCGGAUCGCUCGGACGUCACCCCGGCGAUCCGGAAAACGAUAACGACGGUGACCACCUCUCGGGCGCAGCCAGCGCGACCGAGACGGCGCCGCUUCUGCAGCACCGCCAGGACGGUGCCGACUAUGACGGCCGCGGCGGGACGAGCUCGCUCGGCAGCACGCUGACCAAUGGAUCGACGACGCCGACGACUCAGACGACGCUGCAAGCCAGCGCCCGGGACGGCGCCGAGGAGGAGGAGCAGGCCGGGGACGGGGGUGCGGACGAUGAUGACCAGCCGGGAGCAUCGAUUGCGCCAGGCCGGGCGUUUGCGCUGAUCAUGAGCAUGUGGGCCCUCAUCUUCCUCCAGGCCAGCAACAUGUCGGGUAUGACCAUGGCCCAGUCGGACGUUGCGACCGAGCUGGACGCGUACGAGUCCGCCAUGUGGUUCACGUCGUCUUAUCUCAUGGCCAUGUCGUCCCUGGCACCCUUGGUAGGCAAGCUGGCUGCCGUCUUUUCGUCGGCCACCAUGGUUGUCGUUUCGUCUUGCGCCUUUGCCCUGGGUGCUAUUGUGUGCUCCCAGGCAACGACGUUUGCGGUCUUUAUCGCCGGCAGGGUCCUGCUGGGGGCUGGAGGCGCCGGGAUCAUGACCCUCUCGUUGAUAUUGAUUAUUCAGUAUACCAGCAAGAAGCGCAGGGGAUUGUUCAUUGGCCUUGUCAGUGCCGGCUUUACUGUUGGCAUGUCUAGCGGUGCCAUUGUCUUUGGUGCGCUUCUGUCAGUGGUUGGUUGGAGAGCCCUCUUCUACCUUCAAGUCCCCCUAGCCCUCCUGGGUGGUUUGGGUGUCUGGCUGAGCCUCCCGCGGGCCGCCCGUGAUGACGUAUCGAAACCAGCCGGUCAGCAAAAGACGGCCUUGCAGAAGCUGGCCGGCAUCGACUACCUCGGAGCCGCCACCAUGAUCAUCACUCUGGUACUAUUCCUCUACGGCCUAUCCGCCCCGACCGUGCAAUGGACACCCAUCGCCCUCUCGGCCAUCUCCUUGGGACUCUUCCUUUUCGUCGAGCACCACGUGGCCUCGGACCCCAUCAUCACGCUCGAAGUGCUGCGCAGCCGCGGCGUCCUGCUGUCCUGCCUCGCCCAGCUCGGUUUUAUGGCAGCCCGCUGGACCGUGCUCUUCUACGCCCCGAUCUUUGUCCUGGCCGUCCGCGGUCUCUCUCCGGCCGUCGCCGGCGCUACGCUUGUCCCGACCAACAUCGGCUUCGGCUCGGGCGGCCUGCUUGUCGGCUGGCUGCACAUCCGCCGCGGCGGCUCCUUCUGGCUGCCGUGCCUGGUCGCCCUCUCCCUGUUCGGCUUCGCCCUGCUGGGCAUCAGCUUCACCAGCAACGCCGCGGCCCCGGCCUGGCUGUACGUGCUCACCAUCUUCGCCAACGGUCUCUGCACCGGGGCAGCGCUCAACUACACCCUCGCCCACACGCUCCACCACGCCCGCCCCGGCGAGACCCAGUACGUUGCCGCCAGCCUGCUCGCCACAUUUCGCGGCUUCGCCGGCAGCUUUGGCACUGCCAUCGGCGGUGGCAUCUUUGGGCGCACUCUCAAAGCCCAGCUCUCUGAGGGCUUUCGCCGGCUCGAUGGAAGCGGCGACAUGUUGAACCCCGGAAGGGAGAAGCUCAUCAACAAGCUGAUCGGCAGCCCCGCGCUCGUCUUUGGAGGCGACUUGUCGCCCCUUGAGAAAGUUGUCGCUAUUCAGGGGUAUGAAGUCUCCCUGCGGGUCUUGUAUCAGCUCGCGGCCGCCCUCACCGUCUUGGUGGUCUUGGUGCAGGCGGGCACGGGGUGGACGGCGCCGGCGAGUCCUUUGGAGGAGGAGGAGGAGGAGACGAGGGAGAGAUUCAUGGCGGCAGAUGCCAACAUGGAAGCUUAAUGUGGGAAUAAUAAUCAAUGGAUUCAAUAUCUGUUUUUUUUUUUUGUUUUUUUUAGAGACGAGGUUUAGUUGCCUAGAGGAGCGCUAGAGGAGCACUUUUAGACUACAUGGAACACCCAGCGCUAUGCAUACAUGAAGCCCUUGACAGAAUCCCGGCAGCGAAACAAAGAAAUGCGGACGAUGAACAAGUUUCACCUUGGAAAGUUUCACAUACCACC